GUUUGGUUGAGUUGUGUUAGAGUUCAUGUCAGACUUCUAGACGCGUGAAAAACUCGCGCCUUCACGCACUAUGAGCGAUCAACAGCAGGAUGAAAUGGCCGCGCUGGUGGAAAACGACACGAGCUUCAUUCAGAAGAGAAACUCCAACAACACAGCAACAGACUCACAGCAGCCUUCACCUUUAGCUCUGCUGGCAGCAACCUGCAGUCGGAUUGAUGAAAGUGAUGCGGUGGAGCAGCAGCAGCAGCAGCAGCAGCAGCAGCAGCAGCAUCACAGCAGUAAUGGCUGGCACAUGGUCCCGACAAGCACUCAGACUGUAACCAGCUCCAGUAACACAACCUCUCCCACAGUGGCUGAGAAAGGCCAACAGAUGAUGUCCAUGGUUCACCAGCAACAGCAGUAUGUGAUGACAUCAUCACAAAACCUACAGGGUCAGCAGGUGCUCACGGCUCUCUCUGGUGUCAUGCCAAAUAUCCAGUAUCAGGUAAUCCCACAGUUUCAGACGGUGGACGGGCAACAGCUCCAGUUUACUCAGACAGCUCAGGAUGUGUCGGCCGCAUCAGCCGGGCAGUUUCAGCUCGUGUCCUCGCCCAGUGGUAACCAGCAGCUCAUUGCCACCUCCACCAACCGAGUGACUGGGGCUGGUAACAUAUUAACCGUUCCGGGUCUAUUUCAACAAGCCAUACCUCUACAGAACAUCAGUCUGGGUAAUGCUAUGCUGCCGGGUCAGACACAGUUCCUCACCAAUGUGCCUGUCCCAUUGAAUGCUAACAUCACGCUUCUUCCGGUCGGUUCCGCUACUGCCACAGGUGCUGGAGGCGACGUGAGCUCCGGAGGAACGAUAGCGACUUCUCACCUGCUGCAGAACGUAUCGUCUUCGGGCCCAGGAGGGUUCUGCCCAACAUCUAGCAGCACGCAGACGGCUACGUCGUGCGGCCUUACGUUUACUCAUAGCAGUAAGGGUGAAAUGGUGAAAAGCUUUCAGAAUGAGAACCGAGAUGGACAGAAAGCGGGUCAAACUCAAAUCUUCAUCCAGCCGCAGCAGGUCCUGCAGGCCGUUCAGCCGGCCCCCGCUGUUUCUGCCGGAGGUCCGGUGUUCGCCACGCAAACUCUGUCUCAGGAUGGAGUGCAGAAUGUCCAGAUCCAGACCAUCGCCAACGGAAGCCCAAUCCUGAUCCGAACCGUAGGUCCAAACGGUCAGGUCAGCUGGCAGACCCUUCAGCUGCAAAGUCCCGCUAAUACGCAGAUCACGCUGGCGCCCCUGCAGCAGGCCAGUGCAACGGGAACCAUGCAACUGUCCGGCCUGCAGACCAUCAACCUGAAUGCACUCGGCAAUCCAGGACUUCAGAUGCAUCAGCUUCAGGGUGUUCCCAUUACCAUUGCCAACCAUUCAGGUGAUGCAGGGGGUGGAGAUGCUCUGGAGGAAAGCGGCAGUGUGAUGGAUGAGAAUGCAGAGGGCAGUCCCACACCAGCCAGCAGACGGACACGCAGGGAAGCAUGCACCUGUCCAUACUGCAAAGACGGAGAGGGACGCAAUGACCCCAGUAAGAAGAAGCAGCACAUCUGUCAUAUUCCUGGAUGUGGGAAGGUCUAUGGGAAGACGUCUCAUCUGCGAGCACACUUACGCUGGCACACUGGAGAAAGACCCUUCGUUUGCUCCUGGUCCUUCUGUGGGAAACGCUUCACCCGAUCUGAUGAGCUUCAGCGACACAAGAGAACACACACAGGUGAAAAGAAGUUCUCCUGUCCGGAGUGUCCCAAGCGUUUCAUGCGCAGUGACCACCUGUCCAAGCACAUCAAGACCCAUCUGAAUAAGAAAAGUUCAUCAGGGGCAGUGAAUAUCGCUGACAGUACCGUUUCCACCGCAGCCAGCAGCGCAGACGGCUGCGACACCAAUGACAUGUCCGGGCAGCAGCAGACGCUAUUAACCAUGGACACACUGUCUUCAGAGGGCUUUCCGUCCGGGAGCAUCAAUGUCAUGCAAGUCACGGGUCUUCACUCCAUUAAUCUCAAUAGCAAUGGCUAUUAAUGAACAUUGAGUGAGACUGGGAUGUGAAUGCAUGGGAAUUGCCCGUGAGUGUUUCACACACACACACAGAGAGAGAGAGAGGUGUUUGCCCUCCUCCUCCCUUCCAUGUAUAUUGUAUAUUGUCCUUUCUAAACAGAACGUGUAUCAUACAUUGAUUUGAAACAUAACAUGAACGCAGAAAGGUUCACACCUGUGGGAGCGUGAUAGCAUAACUGUCUUUUUUAAUCUUCAAUAGUGUACUCACAAGCCAUCAGACUUAUGUUCAUUAAUCACAGUAAUGCAAAAAAUACAAUAUUUGAUAGAGUUAGCUUUUUUGUACAUAAGUUAUAUUUUUUCUAAGCAUAAAAAACUGCAAAUUGAUCUUUGUUUUGUGGAUGUAUGAAUUCUGCAGUCUUAAACGUUGCCAUUUUUAUAUUCUGUAUAUGGUCUGUAACGUGCUUUGUUUUUUCCUCGUCUUUCUAUACGCUUCACUUUUAGGUUACAGUAAACACAUGCUGAACGUUUCUUAGUCGCUGUAGUCUUAAACAGUCAUUUUAAUUUAUCAGGAAGGGGUUUCAGCCAGUUCAUUGGUUCAAAUCCAAAUGCCUUAAACUGCUUUAGAGGGUUUUUUAUAAAUCUGUCAACCAAAGCUAUACACUUUUCAUAAUAUGUUAACUCAGGUGAAUGUUACUCUUGGUGUUAAGCACUCAUAAUGAUUAAAUUAAGAUGAACUAC